AUGGCAGAAACGCCCACCAAAGAUCCCAAAGAAGAAGGGGAUGACAAUGAGGCAACAACGUCAUCGCCUGCCAAGAAAGGCAAAGAGUACCAGUUCCGCGAAGGCCUCGUCGUGCCGGAUUCAGUGGAUCCUACGCUCGUGACGGGCGACAUGGUCGACAUGUUGAACCAGUUAUCGGAUGAAAAAGUCAAUGCCGCGUUGGAGACCUACGAUACCCAGAUCAAAUUGAGGGGUUCCGAGAUUCGCAGUCCUCGAAAUUAUCUUCGUGGUAUCUUGAAGGGACUGACGGGAGGACACCCUGGCAAGUAUGGGCUUCCCAAUGGCGUCGUUAUCCCCGCAUCCAUCACCAAGGAACUUUUGGAAGAGGGCGAACUUUUGGAUAUUCUCAAGACAAUGUCAGUUCGAGAUAUCAACUCGUGUUUCCGUGACUUUGAGGAACAAACCAAACGCAAGAACAAGAAGAGCGAAGAAAUCCGCAAUAAGCAUGGCUAUCUGUUGGGCAUUAUCAAAUCAGGCUCUCCCUUUAAUCUUCCUCAAGGUGUCAAUGUUCCCUCGUCGAUCAGUUUGACCAUGUUGAAGGGAGAAAUCCUGGAGACCCUUCAAGGACUCCCCGCCGUCAACAUCAACGUUGCCUUUGCCGAGUACGAUGACAUGGUGCAGCGCAAGGCCGAUUCGAUUCGCAGUAGAUUCGGGUAUCUGCUCGGUAUAGUCAAGCGCGUCAAGAAAAACUUUGACGAAGAGGCUGCAGAGCAUGUGGCAUCACAGCAACAAAAGGCAGCGUCGCCUUCGAAAAAUGGCAAAGGGCAAUCUCCCGCCAAAGGCAACAACGGGGCUGGAACCGAGGGGGCAGCAGAAGGUACUGGCAAAGGAGAUCCCAGCGAAACCUUGAACUUGGUCACGGAAAGUUUUGCCAAGGUCACCAACGAGCUUGUUACGGAACGUCAAGCCAGAACUUCGUUGGAGAACAAAGUGAAACAAAGCGAAAACCAAAGGGAAGAAACGAACCAAAAAAUCUUGCGACUGAUGCAAGAAUUGGCCGUGGAAAAGGAAACCCGUGAACGAUCGGCUAUGGAAGUACAGCGAUUGCGCAAGGAUCUCGCUUUCGAACGUACGUUGCGGGAGGCUGCGGAAGAAAAGGUGCAACUGUUGGAACAAGGCAGGGCCCAAUUGCAAUCGAGUCCAGGUAAGGGAACAGAACAGGUGCAAAAGCUGCAACUGGAUCUAUCCAUAGAACGAGGGUUGCGCGAAAAGACAGAGAAACUUCUACGUACCGCCGAAGGCAGGAUAGAAGAGUUGAAUCAAGAAGUGAUCACGUUGCAAAACAAAAAGUCCCCUUUUGCAAAUUUGUUGAAUACGACGGAUGCCUCAAAUGAACUCCCUCCAUCACUUGCUGGGCUUUCGGAGCUGGUGUCGAUGGCAGAUUUUGAUCCUGAGACCAUGACGUUUAAGGUCAAGGAGACGGGAACAACCAGCUAG